AUGAGCUUUAACUUUCUUGAUAAUCUCCUUAACAUUUUUGUUCUGCAUACAUGGUUUUUGUCGAUGGUUCAAGACGAAUUUAGAGGUGGAAAAAUUAAUGUAGAAAAAACACACAAAUUACUUGAAAAAUUAGAUGUUCAGUGCAAUUACUUUCACGUGAAACAUAUUUUUAAGGAUAAUGACACACAGAAACAAGGAAAAAUUACAAUAGAAGAAUUUAGAACAAUUUAUCGAAUCAUUGUAUACAGAGAAGAAAUUGUUGAGAUUUUCAACACAUAUUCUGAAAACCGGAGAAUUCUUUAUGAGAGUAAUUUGACUCAAUUUCUAACACAAGAACAACAUGCAGUUGGGGAGACUAAAACUACUGCUUCUGAGAUUAUUCAGAAAUAUGAACCCAUUGAUGAAGUCAGACAAGCACAUCAGAUGUCACUUGAAGGCUUUACAAGAUACAUAUAUUCGCCUGAAUGUCUACUAUUUAAACAGGACUGUAAAAGUGUUUAUCAAGAUAUGACCUAUCCACUAACUGAUUAUUUUAUUUCAUCUUCACAUAAUACAUAUUUGGUAUCUGAUCAAUUAGUGGGACCCAGUGACCUUUGGGGAUAUGUAAGUGCCCUCGUGAAAGGAUGCCGGUGUUUGGAAAUUGACUGCUGGGAUGGAUCACAAGGUGAACCUGUGGUAUACCAUGGCUAUACACUCACCAGCAAGCUUCUGUUUAAAACUGUUAUCCAGUCAAUAAGCAGAUAUGCAUUCAUGACAUCUGAGUACCCGGUGGUUCUCUCUUUAGAAAAUCACUGCUCUCCUUCACAGCAGGAAGUGAUGGCUAACAUUUUGCAGACUACUUUUGGACAUUUCCUGCUUUCUGACAUACUUGACGGCUUUCCGGACAGCCUACCUUCACCAGAGGCGUUGAAAUUCAAAAUCUUAGUUAAAAAUAAAAAAAUAGGAACCUUAAAGGAAACUCGUGAAAGGAUAGGCUCUGAUAAACACAGUAUGGUUGGGGUGUGGGAAGAGGAGGAGCUGGAAGUAGAGGAGGAUGAGGAGGAAUUGAAAGCUGUGAAGGAAAAUGAUAGCUCUUCAUCAAGAGUCAACCAAGGAAAGGAAGCGGAGACAAGGAAGUUGCCUGCAGCAUCACUUUUUUCCAAGAAGAAAAAGACCAGGAAGCUAAAAAUAGCUCUUGCUUUAUCUGAUCUUGUCAUUUAUACUAAAUCUGAGAAGUUCAGAAGUUUUCAGUAUUCCAAACAAUAUCAGCAAUUUAAUGAAAGUAAUUCUAUUGGGGAGACACAAGCCCGAAAACUUUCCAAAUUGAAAGUUCAAGAAUUUAUUUCUCACACAAGGAAGUUCAUUACCAGAAUAUAUCCCAAAGCAACGAGAGCAGACUCUUCUAACUUUAAUCCUCAAGAAUUUUGGAAUAUAGGCUGUCAAAUGGUGGCCUUAAAUUUCCAGACUCCUGGUCUGCCUAUGGAUUUGCAAAAUGGGAAAUUUUUGGAUAAUGGUGCUUCUGGAUAUAUUUUGAAGCCACACUUCCUAAGAGAUAUUAAUUCAAAAUUUAACCCAAAUACUUCAAUAAAUGACCACGAUCCAAUUGCAAUUACAAUAAGGCUCAUCAGUGGUAUCCAGCUGCCUCUUAGUAGCUCCUCAUCUAACAAACUAGACACGCUAGUGGUUUUAGAAGUUUUUGGUGUUCCAAAUGAUUGUACGAAACGGCAGAGUCGUGUAAUUAAGAAAAACGCCUUUAGUCCAAGAUGGAAUGAAACCUUCACAUUUAUUAUACAAGUACCAGAAUUGGCUUUGUUGCGUUUUGUUGUUGAAAAUUCAGGUUUAAUAGCAGGAAAUGAAUUUCUCGGGCAAUAUACUUUACCAGUUCUAUGCAUGGGCAAAGGUUACCGUCGAGUUCCUCUGUUCUCUAGAACAGGGGAGAGUCUUGAGCCUGCUUCACUGUUUCUGUAUGUUUGGUAUGUCAAAUAG